AUGUCGAACACGCAGACCACCACCUUUAUCCCCUCAAAGCCCGUCCCGAGCGACUACCCGCUCAUCGACAACGACCCGCACUUCAAGCGCGUCAUCGGCUAUGCCCGUCCCUCCGACUACGCCCACGGCGUCGCAGCCGCCGCAUUUGCCCCCGCGGCCCUCCUCACCCUUGAGCGCUUCGCGCCUUCGCACGUCGGCAAGGGCGGUUUCGCCCCAGCCCUUCGCCUGGCCGGCGCCAUUGGCCUAGCCGGUGGCUUCCUCUACUUCUACCAGCGCUCCAGCCUUCGCUUCUACGGCGCCACCGAGAACGCCCGCGAGAUCGACCUCGACAUGAAGGAGAUGGUGGCCAAGGUCAAGGCCGGCGAGCCCCUCUACGGCGAGAGCCGCCUGACGCCGCACAUGCAGGGCGUCGCGGCGCGGCAGUCGCGCUACUCGGCGCUCUUCAUGGGCGUCCUGCCCUGGUUCAACUUUGUCAACCACAACCAGCACGGCGUCGACACGGCCAAGUACUACCGUCAGGCCGAGAGGGAGCUCGAGGCCGAGAGGCAAGGGAAGUAG